ACGAUUUUAAUGAUGAUUCUUGAGGAAUCGGGUUGAAGAAGAAAUGUGAUUUUUAUAUUGGGGAUUAGAGGGUGGAUUAUUAAAUUUGAUGUCAGAGGGUGGAGGUGGUUCCGUGAUUUCUUGGCUUGUUUCAACGAGUGAAAGAUUAGGCUGAAUAAAUUUUCAAAUGACGAUUUUAAUGAUGAUUCUUGAGGAAUCGGGUUGAAGAAGAAAUUUGAUUUUGAUAUUAUUGAUUAGAGGGUGGAUUAUUAAAUUUGAUGUCAGAGGGUGGAGGUGCUUCGAGACUCUUCCGUGAUUUUUUGACUCCUUUCAACGGCUUAAUAAAUGUUGAAAUUGGACUGUCAUUCGCGUGAAACAGAGUUUCGAAAUUAUUAAUUAGAGGAUGAAUUAUUAAUCUCGACGUCAGAUGGAAGAUAAGAGUUGGAUUUUUUAGAGAUAUGGAAAGUGUGCUGUGGGUCCUGUCGAGUGCGUAACCGGCGAUUAGCUGAUCUCGGUUAUCACGAAACUAGGCUGAGCAUGAUAGUGCGGCAUGGCUCUUGGCAUGAUCUAACAGUGAUAGAAUUUAAUAACACUCUGUACAUCAUCUCGCCUAAUAACAUCCGCUGAUGUCUAAUCUGUCCAUAUCUAACGAAGCUUUACAGGGAAUAUCGAUGUCUAAAGUAGCUUAUCCAUGUCAAACCACUCAAGGAAGCCUGCCUAAGAAUCACUCUCCGAUUGGUAUUAAACUUUGCACACUUCUGGAGCUAUUAUGAGUAAUCGACAUGCAUUUCCUUAUCUCUGUAAUGUAGCAAAGGUGAUAUGAAUUGAUCAGCUAGUACAUACUAGUAUAUAUUAGGUCCUGAAGCUUGUGAAAUUUCAUAUAACAAUUCCUUUUUAUUAAUCGCGGACUAGAACCAACAUGGCGUCGCUUACACCUUUGAAAGGCUUAGAAUCGAAAAAGAAGAUUUUCAAGACCUGUUUAGAAAAACUUAGAAUACUGUAAAAAUGGAAUAUUACAUAGUCAGAUGAAAGGGUAUUAAUGGAUGUUAUUUUCUCGACGUAGAUUAACUUUCUUAGUAUCUUUCAUAUCAUUUGAAAAAUAAUGUCCGAAAUAUUGGCUAGCGCAACCUACCGGCGCCUGUUGGUACUCACCACCGGCUAACAGCGCUGGGGAAAAAAGGAUAAAGAGCGCGGAGCGGCGAGUCGACCGGUAGUACCGCGCGAGCCGCCGAAGGGGGAACGUCGCGGAUCGCUCGAUUAGUUAACCACUGUAAACACCGAUUCUAGUCUCCUUCGCAUUAAUGUCAUUCCGAAUGUCAACGCGCGGUAAAUCGGCUUCGAAGUCCACUAUCCGAAUAGUCUUCCCGCGAAUCUAACAAAAGGACUCAGGCGACCAUGGAUUGAUUUUUUAGACCGACAAUAGUUAUUUAAACAGCGAAUGCCGAAUUAGUCGCCAUUGGCUUCGAAGUUGUUUCUGAGAGAAUUAUUCUCUUUGUUGGAUAUAGCGAAACAAUGGUGGUCGUUGGUCCGAUCGAUAUGGGUGUUUGGUCACUUGAAGUUUGUUUACCCGUGUUGUCGUUUCGUUGUUGUCGAUAAUUGCGUCCCACGUGUCGGUAGGAUUCGCUCGGGUCAAGGAUUUCCUCUGGUCGAGUCUCCUCGAAUCGAUAUUGUUCUCUGGAGUUUUGUUAACGGAAUCUCACGCUUUGGAUUUGUUUAAUCAGGGAUCUUUAGUGGAAAUAUUGUUGGCCUAAUAUUGUAGAGGGACGAUUGUUGGCCUAAUUUUGCAAAGGGACGAUUGUUGGCCUAAUAUUGCAAAGGGACGAUUGUUGGCCUAAUUUUGCAAAGGGACGAUUGUUGGCCUAAUUUUGCAAAGGGACGAUUGUUGACCUAAAAUUGCAAAGGGACAAUUGUUGACCUGAAUUGUUGGGCGACAAUAGAGGAAGAGUUGCAGUGGCCGACAAGUGUGGAACAAUUGGGUGGACAAAUAGCAAAACGAUUGUUUUCGACGAGAGUGAAACAAUUGGCCCGACAACAAUACUGCAAUUAUCAUCGCUAAUAGUAAAAUAAUUGGGGCGCAAACGAGAAGGCAAAUAUUGUCGCCAAGAAUACAAGUCGUUAACAACAAUGAUACAAUCGUUGUACCAAUAGUCCUCGUCGUCAAGUGUGAAAAUCCUGACACGUCUUUAUUUAUUUAUUGCCUAAUCGUGGUUAUUAUUUAUUACAAAACGUGAUUAUUUAUUAAUGUGGCGUGUUUAUCGUGAGUCAGGAAAAUCGAGUGUAUUGUUUGCGGAUGGAACAAUGUUUUCUAAUGGAAUUAAUUAGUAAAUGGCAGAAAGAGGUGCGUCUUGCUUAUCGCGAUUAAAGGCUUAUCAUUUCGGAUACAAUUGUACAUUGUUACAAUUUCCCUCUUCGUUAUCGCGAUAAAGUGAUAACACAAAGAAGAGAGAAGUGGGCUCGAAGAGGAAGGAAGUUAACACUGGAAGUAUUUAAGCGAAGAGAAAGGAAAGAAGACAACGCAGAAGUCAUCAACGUUGAUAAGGACAUCAUCGAACAAAGAUACAACGGAUAAGGAUAAGGAGAAUAAACGAUUAGGAGAGAUUGCAGCGAAUUGAAGUUUCCUGGAAACAAUUCGGACCAAAGGAGGAAUUGAAUGUCGUUAUAUGUAUCAGGGCUUUUUAUGUCCAAUUACCCUGGAUUGUCCAAUUUAUCGAAAAAUAAGGAAUACAAUUAUCAGAGAACAUAUGUUCAUACAGGGAUACAAAAAGUGUGAUUACCGAUGUGUAUACAAGUAUGAGAAUACGCAACGAGAGAGUAGCAAUACAAAUUAGUUGCAAUGUUAGAUUGAUAUUGUCUAGAACUAUUGUUAACCCUCUACCUCGGAAGGGAACUACUCCACGACGCCAUUUAUUCCGUCGGUGAUUUUAAUGGAACGGCAAGGAUAAAAAAAAUCAUAAUUGUGUAAAUCACAAUUGUCGAUUAUAGAAAAUCCUACAAUACUUGCGUGCACUUAGCAACUUUCUCAAUGUAAUUUUUCUUCGAUCGUCAAACGGAUUGAGAAAAUUGUGAAGUUGGAGCAAAUAUUUGAAGCUACGCCACGAAGAAUUAUCUACGAGUAGUUUUUACGCUCUUACAUCGGUUACAUGCAAAAUUACCGUCGACCACAAUUGCUGACAUCGUCGAAUUCUGCAAUUAUUCAAAUUGAUUCUGAAACUUGCGAAGUUGAAAGAAAAGUUCGAAGCUACGCUACAAAGCAUCUUUUAGCAGUAGUUUACGUUCCUACAUAAGUUUGUUACGAAACUACCACGAUUGUCGAGCUUCAUCAGAUUCUGCAAUUGCUACGUGCACAUCGCAACAAUCUCAACCUCCUUUAAUUAUCAAAUCGAUACUAAAAUCUAUGAAGUCCAAGCAAAAGUUCGAAGCUACUCUACAAAGCAUCUUUUAGCAGUAGUUUACGUUCUGACAUAAGUUUGUUACGAAACUACCACGAUUGUCGAGCUUCAUCAGACUCUGAAAUUCUUCCGCGCGCUUCGGAACUUCUUCGAUCAAGUACCUUCUCUAUCUCGCUUCACUUGGAAUAAUCGAAGUUGAUAAAAAGUGUGGGCAUGUGCGAAUGGGCAGCCUCUCGCGAGUUCCGCAAGGGCGGACGGCUUGCGUAGAAAAGGCGGAAAAGAUGAACGGCGAGUCGAGCGACGCGGAAAAGCGGCGGCGGAGGUCGAAGAGGCCGCGCUGCAAGCUGGACCCAUCCGAAUGCCUCAAUCUGCAGGACAUCCUGCUCUCGUUCAACGGGCCUAUCAGUCAAGAGCAGACCUGGGCGCUCUGUUAUCAGGCCGCCAAAACUCUCGCCCGCACCCCCAGGACCGAGUUCCAGGAGCUGACCGACCUCUCGCAGAUCCUCCUCCACAAGGACGGCGACGUCCGGGUGGCCUUCUCCGAUUCCACGAGUCAGCCCGUGUCGGAGAGCAAGAUGGUUUUCUCCCUGGGGAUGAUGCUCUUCAAAGCGCUGGACUUUGGCCUCGACGAGCAAGAGGAGAGACCGCUAUCGCCAGACCUGGAAGACCUCAUAUCAGUGAUGACGCAUUCCAGUCAAAAGUGCGAGCCAGACUCCGAGGAGCGUCUCCAGGAAACCGACGACGAGGGGAUCGAGAGGGAUUCCGGAGACACCGAUUUGGAGGAAUUGCUGAUGCAGAGGACGAACGACCCUUACACUGGGGCUUUGUUGUGCUCCCUGGAGAAUAGUGUUCGACUGUGCACGCGACAUAUGCAAGGGACAAGGGAACAGGCCGACGCACAUUACCGUGCCGUAAUUCGGGCCCUGGUGACCGAGGCUCUCGAAUUGUCCCAGUUUUUGGAUAAAGUCGCCAAUGAGAAGCAGCAGUCUCAUGCUAGGGAUUUCCGGGGAGAAAUAACCCUAGACAACGCUGCCACGCAUCAUCUCGACGCCCUCGACUUCAACGACUGGGCCAGGUUUUGGGUCCAAGUCAUCGGGGAACUGCGAAGAGGGGUGAAGCUGAAGAAGGUCGAGGCCGGACUUGGCAUGCGAGGACCUCCUCGAGGACGUGGGGCAGAAUUCGAGCUGACACCCUACGAGAUCCUGAUGGACGACAUCCGGGAACGUCGGUACAGGCUCAGGAAGACUCCUGCACCCUCGCCGCACCUCAGGAAGGACGCAAGAGCGGUCAUCCUGGAAUUCAUCCGAAGCAGACCUCCUCUGAAAAAAGCAUCCGAGAGGAAGCUUCCUCCCCUGAAGAGGCAAUGCACGAUGAGGGAACUGUUGAUGGAAAGCAUCAAGAGACCUCCUAGACCUUUGAGGUCCUCGCGGACUAUCAACACCUCUAGACAGCAUUCGGUGCUCAAAGAGACUCCUAAUGAGAACAAAGAAGGCACUCAGGACGCGACGGGCAUUAAAGAGAGCGAGAUUGUGACCACCCCGAAGACGUCGAGGCGAGGAUCGGCGGACCUGAAUUAUUCCGCACUGCGGCAGCCCAGGAAGCUGAUCCCCGUCGACUUCGACCUGAAGCUCGACGCCGACGACGAGGACGACGAGGACUUCGAGGUGGCCAGGUUCGACGACGAGGACGUGGCCACGAACUACUGGCGGUCUAAGGAGGACUACGUCUUCGGGAACGGUGGGCCGUCCGGAAAGCGGAUUUGCGAUCCCGAGGAUGAGGACGAGGUCGGCUCGGCGAAUCCUUGGCGGAAAACGGGGAGCUUGAGGCUCACCAAGAACGAGUACCAUCGCUUCUGCGAUACUCAGCUCGAGUCUUACGACCUGGCGACGCAGUGCCCCUCCAGGAGAGCCUCGGCUAGGAAGCACGCCCCGGUGGGGAACAUCUCUCUGACGGCGUGCACGGGGACGACGUCCCUUCCGCACUCUAGGCCUCACAGUCGCCAGCACAGGCACGAGGGUGUCUCGGGGACCGCCGGGUCGAGCCUGAGUCCUGGACAGAGUCCCAGCCUGAGCCUGACCUCGAGCCCGAGCCUCAGUCCCCGACCUAGGGCAAGGCCCAGGCCGAGCGCCAGCCUCGACAAGCACCAGGACGCCCAGGACCGGCAAGCUUCGGAACAGAAGCCGUCGUUGGGGGAUAUGUUCCUGGACGAGCGUCUCUCUCUGACCCUGGAGGAGAUCGUGCACAUCAGGAGCGUCCUGACCAAGGCGGAGCUGGAGUCGCUCCCGGUGGAGGGCCGCGUGAAGGAGGACGUCGAGAAGAGGCGCGUCUGCUUCCUUUGCCUGAAAACUAGGUUCGGCAUCCUGGGACCCUGGGGCCAGCGUUGUCGACUCUGCGACAGGACCGUCUGCGUGAAGUGCUACUCCAAGAUGAGGAUACCGACGGAGCACUUCGCGCACGUGCCGGUGGUGUUGUUAUCGCCGGGGCUGCUGUUAUCACCCUCUAAUUCGGAGCCCGACUCGGGGAACCGCAGUCCGUGGACGCGGCCAGUAGGGGCCGUCGGUUCCGCGCCGGCUUCCCCGGCCAACCGUCGCAGGGAAUCCGCCGCCCUGAGGAGCGCAUCCCCCGCCUCGACGCCAUCGGUCACCCCUGGGGGAACCACCAGCGCGACGCCGGCUCCGACGCCGCCUCUCUGCAGGGGUCGCAUCGACGACGACCACGACAGAAGGAGCUGCAAGAGCGCCGGAAGUCCUGCGCGGCUGCCGUCUGCCGGGUUCGGGCUCAACUCGGAGCAGCGACUCGCAGCGGAGCGGCUACGAGGAGUGGCGAUGGUCGUCUGCCAUGACUGCCGAAUCAUGGUAAUCCAGAUAAUCAAGAGCUCCCGCACAACGCGGGCCACGAUACGCAACAACGUCAUCUCGCGGCUUACCCUGGACCUCUCGCCCGCCUACGUGUAGCCGAUCCCGCGGGACUCCGGGAGGCGGCCUCCCCCCAGGGGAAAACCCGCCGACUUAGUCUUAAAAGUAAUCGUUUAAGGACCGGGACCCGUUCCCUGGACAGCCUGCGAGAUCUGAGAGCGAGACGACACCUCGGUCUCGCCGAGAAACGAGAAAAAAACCUGGAACCUUGUCAUCCUUGGCGCUGCCGGCUCUUUUCCGCCGAUUAGUUCCCCGUUUCUCCGCGAGCGGCGCCGGUGGCGCCGAUCUCUCUAUCGACUGGACAGUUGAUUAUCCAAAUUUCCCCGAGAUGCCGUGACGAUUAUAAGGGAUCUUUCAGCCCCAUUGGAUUGUAAAAGCUGCGACAAGAGGUCUCGUUUUUGGAACCCUUUCGCGGCCGUGUUCAGAGUCUAAAGAGUCUUGUAUGUACAUUUUAACGGAGCGGAACGGCCGCUCCGAUAUUUUCUAGAGUUCUAUUUUCCUAUAGCUCCGAUUUCAUUCGUAGCCAGUCGAGUACGAGUCGAGAUUUACCUGGGCGAAAAAUCUGAAUCUUCCGAGGCCCGAGAUAUCUCACCUGGACGAGUUUCUCUAAUUAACCUAAUUGCUUUAUUAAGAAUUUCCUCCCCUAAUUAAUCCCAUUCCGUAAACAUUUCUUUAACUCUCUAAACGAUGGACCAUAUUAAGGAGGCGGUUCUUAAAGAUCGAGCUUAUCCCGGAAUCUUCAAUUGAAUUAAUUCCACUUUAUUUAAUCUUGACCUUAGUGAUUUAUUAACUCUUAAUUUUCAUUUAUUUUCUUUUUUUUUUAGGUUCAACUUAGAAUUGUGGCAAGAGUAAUGAAUUAAAUUUUUAUGGAAUAAGAUUUUAAAUAAUGGAGAAAUCCUUUGCGUAACGAUAGAAAUUUGAUUGAGUCAGUUUCACAUAAAUAAUGACCACGUCUACAUCGCACUCCUAAAUACGGGAUUUAUUGAUCCAGGAAGUCGCAUUAAUAAAUCCGCAGAUUCGAUUCUGAGCGUCUGGAUUGGCACUUAAAAUCGGAUUUACUGGGUUUGAAUCGGAUAAAUCCCGGAUUUCGAAUGCCAUGGAGAGUCCCGAGGAUCUGCAAUAAUUUAAAUAUGCUUUCCUUAUUUUUGUAAAUGGCGGAAUAAAGGAAAUGAGGAAACGCGAUCGCGGAGUGUCUCGGACCUCGCUCGAAUUAGGCGAUUAUCGCGAAACGAAGCAAUUGAAGCAAUCGAUGGUGCUUAAAAAAUGGGAAAAAGUCUUCGAAUGCUACUCACACGAACUGUAUAAACCGCAGGGAAACGGCUGUAUCCUUUGCUCUGCUUCGCAGUUUAUGGCCGAGUUUACACCGAUCAUUCGGCUACGCUAAAGACACCGAGAAGAUUUUUAUUAAACCAAAGAAAUAUUUCUAUAGAUUUUGGAUGUCCAAGGAAUUAUUUGACUCGAGUAAACUCGAAUAAAUUGAGUGGAACGUUUCCUCGGAAUUAUGACAAUUAAUUUCAGUCGAAUAGUUACUCUUUUAAUGGACGAAUGAUUUUCACACUUUUAGGGUGGAUUUACUAAUCUGUCAGCGUAAACGAUAGUAUACUGAUUUAAUACGGUACGCAGAGAAGGUGUGUAUUGUAAUCGGCUUGGUACACCAUUAAAUAACUUAAACUACACCUUUAAUAUGCAUGAAUGAUCGGUUUAAACUAAGCCUUUAUACGUGGACCUUGCCUAACCACGUCGCUAAUUCACUUGCUAAUUCCCUAAUUACGAGUGAAAUUGGUCGCGUGAAUCGCUUUAAUUGUGCUAAUUGGGCGAAUUGGGUAAAUAUCGUGAAUCUAGGCAUUUGUGAGAAUGGCGUGAAAUUUUAUUUGAUGUGUCUUUAAUUAAAGAAGUUGCGCAAAUUAAGCGAAUCGCGCGAUCUCGAAUCCGUAAAAUUAUGCGUAGCGAGUAGUCGAGAUAGAGAUAAGAAGAUAAGAGAUAAUAAGAUUAUUAGGUAUUAGCGAGCCCUGUAACCGCUCGACAAGUUAAUCACUGUUUAAAUGGGAUAAAGAUCUACCGUUAAAGAAUCUAAGCCGCGAUAACAGGGAGAAAAAUGAUGCAAGGCACAAAUCAGAAGAAAUUAACAUACCCAUAAACAACCUAACCUCCUCCCGAGGGUUCCGAAACUCGCAACGGAUUUCCUUAAUUUCUUUUCCUUCUCUCGUCUAUCCGACACACCUAAACGUUAACAACAAAGAGAAAGAACAAUUGUCCUCGCGAGUAACCGCAUCAUUGAUAUCCCGGAGUACAGUAAACACUGAAAUAAUGAAAUAAUAAAAUAACAAGAUGGCCGACGAGACGCGCGGCAGUGUAAGAGAUAAUUGAUAAUACACUUUUGAGGGCAUUUCUUCGUUAAGUGGCCACCUUAAAUGGACAUUUCUUUAUCAGGGACCGAUAUCUGACUGUAUUUUCUGUACAGAGUGUCGUGGGUCGAAAUUGAGGCCCGAAAAUCGGCACUUCUUUGGACAGUCGCGACAAAGAUGGCGGCAUAAGGCGACUAAUGAGAGCGAGAGAGAGGGAGAGGGGCCGUUUGACGCUGUUAGGGAGUUAACGUUAUUCAGAUAUAAAUAUAGGUAUAUAUGUAUAAAGAAAGAGGAGUCUUUUAUCGAAUUUGUUACGUAAGGUUCGUUCCCAGUGCCCCGUGUGUUCUAGUUCCAGCUCGAUCGGUAAAGUCGGUGAUAAACCGAGGCUCGAAUUUUGUCGCGGAGGGCUUUCGAUAAUUCACCCUAUUAGGAAUAUCCAUCCAGAAACGUUGUCGAGCAAUUUCACACGAUGAGAUUAAACAUGCGGUGAGUUGAUAUUAGCUUGAAAAAGAGAAAUUAGUCCUACUUCGCGCGACAGAAAUCGAGUCUCUUCCCGCCUAAUGAUUUAAAUUAAGGAUCGAAUUAAUUUCAGUUUCGAGAAAGGGAAAAUUCAAAAUGGCGGAAACGAAGUUAGAGAGAAAUCGCGGGAUCUUGGAUCCGGCUUGUAAUUAAUUUCUAAUUAAUUUCGAAUUAAUUUGUCAUUUGACGCCUAAAUAGCCGCGCGAAAUUCCUCGCGUCAAUUGUAAAUUGCAAGGUGUUGCGUUAAUUGUAAAUUACACGGCAUUGCGUUAAUUGUACAUGAGAGGGUUAAGUAUGAGAUAUUAGCGAUCGCAGAAGCAGAUUAACGUAGCUUAACUUUAAGGAGCCGGACCUUGAUUUGCACAAAAGCACUGCGUCCGUACAUAUUAAUACCCCGUACAGAGAGAUGUUAAUUAUAGUAUACAUACAUGUAGAGAAAAGAAAUGUCAAUGUACGGCGGCAUUGUCCGGUUACCUCGAAACUGGCUUAAAGAGUUUCGGUACGACUUGUUUGUACUCUAGCGUUUCCUCGCCGUUACUAGCACUCUCCUACGGGACGUAUUAUUUAUUUCUCUUUUUUCUAUGUAACGUAAUUGAGAAUAAAGUUGCGAGUCCACUUAAGACAAGGUUACUUUGCGACUUCUUACUCUUUAUUUACUUUUUAGUCAUUAUUUGAUAGGACUUGUUUGUACUCUAGUAUUUCCUCGCCGUCACUAGCACUCUCCUACGGGACGUAUUAUUUAUUUCUCCUUUUUCUAUGUAACGUAAUUGAGAAUAAAGUUGCGAGUCCACUGAAGACAAGGUU